GCUGAGGGCGCGGCGCGGGACGCCCCGAAGGGCACGGCCGAGGGGCGCGGGCGCUGCCGGAAGCUGGGGCGGGGCGCCGCGCGGGAUGCGCUGAAGGGCGAGCGGCGCGGCGGCGGCGAUGAGUGCCUCUGCGGCCACCGGGGUCUUCGUGCUGUCCCUCUCGGCCAUCCCGGUCACCUAUGUCUUCAACCACCUGGCGGCCCAGCACGAUUCCUGGACAAUCGUGGGGGUUGCUGCCCUCAUCUUGCUCCUGGUGGCCGUGCUGGCUCGUGUCCUGGUCAAAAGAAAACCACCCCGGGACCCACUGUUCUAUGUGUAUGCAGUGUUUGGAUUCACCAGCGUGGUGAGCCUCAUCAUAGGCCUGGAACAGGACGGAGUCAUUGACGGGUUCAUGACGCACUACCUGAGAGAGGGUGAGCCGUAUCUGAACACGGCGUACGGGCACAUGAUCUGCUACUGGGACGGCUCUGCUCAUUAUCUGAUGUAUCUGGUGAUGGUGGCGGCCAUCGCAUGGGAGGAAAGUUAUAGAACCAUUGGCCUCUACUGGGUUGGAUCUAUUAUCAUGAGCAUUGUUGUUUUUGUGCCGGGAAACAUUGUGGGGAAGUAUGGAACCCGCAUUUGUCCUGCCUUUAUCUUAAGCAUACCGUAUACUUGUCUUCCUGUCUGGGCUGGUUUCAGAAUCUAUAAUCAGCCAUCAGAAAGUUAUAAUUAUCCCUCAAAGGUCAUUCACGAAGCCCAAGCAAAGGACCUGACGAGAAGACCAUUUGAUUUAAUGCUGGUCGUGUGCCUCCUCCUCGCAACUGGAUUUUGUCUGUUUAGAGGACUGAUUGCUUUGGAUUGCCCGGCUGAGCUCUGCCGAUUUUACACGCAAUUUCAAGAGCCCUACCUAAAGGAUCCCGCUGCUUAUCCUAAAAUCCAGAUGCUGGCGUAUCUGUUCUACUCUGUCCCUUACUUCGUGUUUGCGCUCUAUGGCUUGGUGGUUCCUGGAUGCUCCUGGAUGCCUGACGUCACACUGAUGCACGCCGGAGGUCUAGCGCAGCCAAUACUUGCUUACAAAACGAAUUCUUGUCUUGGGAGGCCAUCUGACACACUGAUCACAGAGAACACCCUCCGUAACCCAACUCGCAUCCCUCGCCUACUAAAACUGCCGCACUCCUUGUUUAGAAGCUUUAUGCACUCACGAUCCCACUAAUUUUAUCAAAGUUUCAUUUCUUGAAAAGCCUAGUGGACUCCUAAGACUCUGAUUUAAUAGGAAAAAAAGUGAAAAAUUUCUAGAUCAGUACAAGUCAGUGGAAAAAACACGUUAAGUCCUUACAAGGCCCCUGAUUUCAGAUCCUGUACGAAUCUGUAAAAAUCUGUAAAAUCUGCAGUCUUUAAAAAUCAAAAACAUAAAUCAAAAAGUAAAAGAAACGGCACCUGGGUGGCUCAGUGGUUAAAGCCUCUGCCUUCAGUUAGGUCAUGAUCCCAGGGUCCUGGGAUUGAGCCCUGCAUUGGGCUCUCUGCUCAGCAGGGAGCCUGCCUCUCCCUCUCUCUCUGCCUACUUGUGAUCUCUCUCUCUGUGUCAAAUAAAUAAAUAAAAUCUAAAAAAAAAAAAAAAAAAAAAAGUAAAAAAAAAUCAAAUUAAAUGAAAACCAGGUCACAUUUUACGCCAAAGAACCAGUGGGGACUUAUUCAUAACUCAAGUAUCUUUUCCUAGAAAAUUCUUAUUGUAGGAUUAAAGUUCAAGUCUUGUUUGAAAAGUAUUCCAGGUUGCUUAGAUCCACUUAUUAUUAGUACCUUCUGGCAACUGAAGAAUUUUUCUCUGCUAAAAUAUCACUGAGCAUUAGAAAAAAAACAAUCCAGUCAGUAUGGUUAAGAGCACAAUCUCUGGAGAGACUGUGUCAUGUCUCAGCCUGUCCCUGGGGAGCUCGAGACCUUGGCACCUUGGAUUCCUCUGCUGUGAAAGUGAGGAUAAUAUAGGAGCUUUCUGCUAAAGCUCCUGGGGGUGGGGGGGCUGAAUGAGAGCCUCUGUGUACAAGGCUUAGCACAGGGCCUGGCACAGAAAGCGCCCUGGGUCUUUGUUGCUGUUCCCAUCGUUGGUUUAAGAUUCCCAACAGGAGUCUGGAGAGGAAGUGCGUUGUGUUGCUCAAAGACUCAUUCAUCUGAAGCCAUGUGGAACAGACAUUAUUACCUAAAGAUCAGAGGGACAGGGAAAGAGAUCUGGGAUUGACUCCCAGUGGGUUUUGGCAGGGAGCCUGCCGCCCGUCCGGUAAUACCCACAGCCCUGGAAGCGGGAACAGUCCCGCCUUGGGUGGGGCAGUGCCCCUUCCCACUCGCAGCUAAGACUCUCACACUCCCUGGCUACUGCGGGUGCUGUGUCCUUUCUCACAAACGGGUCUAGAAGCUUAUCUGUGGAGAAUCUGGUUGUAGAGUUGACCCUCCUGAAGGCGAAUUUUAUGUUUUUCCCUUAUGGAAACCAUUAGGAAAAACCUGAAAGAUUUAGAAGAACAUGGAUAAUUGGGAAUACUAAUGCAAAUUCUAAUUAGUUUGCUUCCAGUGUAAUUCAUCGGUAAACAUCUUUAUUUAGCAUUAAGAUUAGAGACAGACCGUCUUGAAAUCGUCAAAAGGUCAGCAAGGGGAUCUAAAAAAGAAGAGCCCACCUGAGUGGUCAGCAAAGGAGAAUGCCAGAUCACGAACAGGUGAUUCUCUUGGCACUGUCCUAAGCACUCCACAAAGAUCAACUCAUUGAGUGGGCAUAGCAACCCCUAUGAGGUAGGCUCCAUUAUUAUCCGACUUUUCUAGAUGAGGAAGCCAAAAAGGUUACAUACCUAACCCAAGGUCAUGCUGCUGGUGGAGCUGGGAUCGGACACUGGCCGUCUGGUUCAGAUGCAGUGUUCUUAACCCCUGGACUGUGCUGCUCAGAAAACCCUAAAAAAUGACAUAGUUCUGGAUUAACUAUUCAUAUUUGUAUCAGCCAAAUAGUCUGGCUGUUGUCCCAGGGCUCACAUCAGUUUUGGCCUAGGAUACUUAUGUGGACACAGGGUAACUUUCACCUCUCCUUUCUGCCUUCAAGGUCAUGACUUUUAGUCAUCCUUUCCAUGUUGUCUCUAAAUAUAAGGAAAGGGAGUUAUUAAAAUUUAACCAUUCUUUGCCCUUUCUUUGGCCUCAUUUUCCAUUCGAAUCAUCCACUAAUAAAAGGAUCAAAGCCUAUCUUUGAAAUUUACUUGAGGUGAAAGCAGGUUUGGAAUGGCAAGAAAGAUUAGGGGCUCAAUGUCACAUCACUGAAUUCGGCAGAAAUGUCUGCGCUCCACAAGCUGUACCCGUGAGCCUGGGUGACAGCUCAGCCGCAAGGAGCCCAGAGCCAGCGGGUGCCAGGCUGAGCUCUCGGCCCUGCCGUCGGCAGGCCUCGUGUGCUGGGAGCGGCGUCACACGGGACGCCUGUGCAGGCCCUUAGCAGCUGUGUGCUCGGGGAGGAAACCGUUCUCCGGGGAGAUGGAGGGUUUUCUGAAACUUCGCAACUCUGCAAAGCGGACAGCACAGGGGUUGGAAGGAAGCAGUGGUCAGGGGCUUACUCAGCGGGAGGUGUGGCCACUGUAAACACACCUGUUAGAGCUGCAGGCAAGUGCCAGAAACUGCGGGAUAGGGCCCCAGGCUUCUCACCUGAAGCCACCGCUCUGCAUUAGGAACGUAGAUCUGUACCCCUCGGUUAAUAAUUCUGGAGAAGACAGGCCUACCGAAAUAGGUAUAAAAAUAGAGAAGUGCUUUGUAGAACCUUUUUGUAUUUUGACAGUCACAAGACCAUUGUUGUUUAAUGUUUAUUGAGCUCUAACAAUGCGAGAGGUGCCACACGAAACAUAAGACACAGUACCUGCCCGGUGGGCUUACAAUCUAAUCUAAGGACAUGAUCAUUUUGUAACGUUGCCAUGAUUUUGUGGUUUUUGAAAAUGAGGUAUUAACUGCACUGGGGAGUGCAGGAGAAGAGCCUACGGAAUUCACUGACUUCUGAUGCAGGUUUCCCUAUGCAAGGAGGCAUGAUUGCUCCUAUUAAUCUCUCAAAGGAUGUUUGGCAUUUCCCCAAACCUGGUGAUUUUUGUCAUGUGUACAAGCGUCUUUAAAGACAGAGACACCAAACCCACAUUUCUGAAGGUCAAGAUUCAUAUCUGGCCUCUAGUCCGGAAGUUUGGUUAUAUUAUUCAGAAAAACACUGUUACUCAAAAGAGGCCCUAGGGAAAAACAGCAACAGGGGCCAAGCUCCUGGUCUGUGUUCCUAGAACUGCCCAAGAGCGGCUUCUCAGGGCAGCCUCUCCAGUGCCCUUAACUCGCAAGGUCUUUUGUCUUCAGAGCCCGGAGGUGGAAUGCUUACUGGGCGCUGUCUGGGUAUCUGCCUGGGGGA